AUGGAGGCCACGGCGUUUCGCGCAGCCAAGCAGGCGAAUCUGGAAGAACUCGAUCUCAUUAGCCUCCUCCCCGACGAGAUCCUUGGCACCAUCAUCUCCCUCCUCCACAUCGAGGAAGGCGCGCGCACUGCCAUCCUCUCCCGCCGUUGGCGCCACCUGUGGCGCUCCUCUCCGCUCAACCUCGACGAUGGCAGCCACCUCUGGUUUCUUCCCAAUGCCAGGCAAGUCGCAUCCAAGAUUCUCUCCGAGCACCAGGGCGACGGGCGCUGCCUCAAGGUCCGUCACAUCUACGGCGCCGACUUCGAUGGCUGGAUCAAGUCCCCCGCCCUUGAUAAUCUCCAGGAGAUCGACCUCCGGAUCGGAUCGCUGCCUCCAUCGGUGCUCCGAUUCGCACCGACCCUUCGUGUGGCCGUCUUCUCCUGCUGCAGCUUCUUCCUCAAGGACACGCCCCGGACUUUCAGUUUCCCGCACCUCAAGGAACUCUCCUUGAGCUCGGUUGCCAUGCGGGAAGAAACACUCCACAGCGUUCUCUCCGGAUGCCCUGUCCUCGAGAGCCUGCUGAUUGACAAUUGCACUGGCCUCAGGCGCCUGGUGAUUAACUCGCAGACUCUCAGGAGCAUCGCAGUCUGUGACGAUGGGCUGAUGGCUAAACAAUUUGAUUUCAUUAAAGUUGACCACAUAGAUGAAAUAGUGAUCCAGGAUGCCCCUCGCCUGGAAAGAUUCAUCAGGUCUCUUCAGUUUAAGCCCACUCCAAUCAUCCGUGUAAUCAGGGCGCCCAAGCUGGAGAUCUUGGGUCCAAUGACGGAUGAUAUUACUAAAUUUAAACUUGGAACCACAGCUUCUGAGGAGAUAGCUGAUGGCAGCUUGAAUACGACGAUGCGCAGUGUGAAAGUUUUGCACCUCAAUUCAGUUGGCCCUAAUCUUAGUGCAGUUGUUCGCUUCCUCAAACUCUUUCCUUGCUUGGAGAAGUUGUACAUCAUGAAUUCUCGGAAGAAAACAAAAAAGAAUAGACAGCAUCCUGGCACCCAAGAUCCUAUCGAAUGCCUUGACCAUCUGAAAGAACUUGUGUUACGGAUUUACAGGUUUGGCGACAAGCAGGAGCUUGACUUUGCCAAAUUCUUUGUUCUGAAUGCUGAAGUGCUAGAGCUGAUGGCAUUUGCUGUCCAUUACAACAGACAUAAUGUUGAUCGGAAGAUACAGCACAAGCUCCUUAAGUUUGACAGUAGGGCUUUUCCAGAAUCACUCACGAGCUCCAUAGUCUUCUUUCUUUCUGCAUUGAUAUGGGCGUACAGCCCUCUGUUGCUGAAUCUGAUUGUUCAGCUGUUGCGUCUACUGUCAAUGCCAACUCCCAGAAUGGAAUGGUUGGCACCUGAGACUGUCAUGUUCCUGCCCAUGUUCCUCAACUCUUUCUGA